AUGCGACCACCACCAUCGCACGAGAAUGAUAUAAAGAGCCCCUCGUCGUCCCCGAAUUGCAAACUCGUCCACUACAGAAUUGAGAAAAUGUCUACUAGAGCGACAACCACGACGUCUCUCCCCCUCGACCUUUUCCCCGACGGUCUAAUCACUUCAGGCCAGCACCCACCUAACUAUAAUCUUGUGCGCCCCUACGAGGACUUUCCCAAAGAAAUAACCGGUCCCACAGUGUGGCACGCUGCAGACUAUGUCGACAACGAAGACAGUUGGACGCAUUCCUUCACAGACGACGAAGUCGCUGAAAUCAGCGCGACGUCGGAUGCCUUCAUUGAGUCUGGAACGCCGCUGACGGGAAUCAAAAAGGCGCUUUUCCCUCUUCCUACUCUUGCGAAGCGGAUGGAUGCGCUGCGGGAGGACCUGCUGAAUGGGAAAGGGUUCUUCCGGUUCCGCAAUUUGCCUGUGCGACAGUGGGGAUUGCACAAGUCGGCUGUUGCGUACAUGGGCCUGGGUACGUACUUGGGAUAUUUCGUUAGUCAGAAUGGGCGCGGGCAUGUGCUGGGCCAUGUCAAGGAUCUUGGCGAAGAUCCGACGCAGACGCAUCGAGUACGGAUUUACCGGACGAAUGCCAGACAGUUCUUCCACACAGACGCUGGCGACUUUGUUGGCCUCCUAUGCAUUGCGAAAUCUCUCUCAGGCGGCGAAUCUGACAUUGUCUCCACACACAACGUUUUCAAUUACCUUCAAAAACACCAUCCCGACGUCGUGCAAACUCUCGUCGACCCAAUCUGGUACUUCGAUCGUAAAGGCGAGGUAUCCGAAGGCCAAGAGCAAUGGUAUCGUGGGGCAGUGAUGUACCUCGAAAACACAACAGACCGUCCACCCCGGGUGUACAACAAAUUCGACCCGAACAACGUCACAUCCCUAUCGCGGUUCAAUACUGGACCAGAUGCUAAGAUUCCGCCUCUCUCUGAGCAACAGAAGUAUGCACUCGAUGUCCUGGAACGCACGUGCAAGGAGCUCUCGCUGCACAUGAUCCUCGAGCCCGGUGACAUCCAGCUCCUGCACAAUCCACACAUUUUCCAUGCGCGAACGGCGUAUACGGAUUAUCCGGCUGGGUCGCUUGAUGAGGAAGGAAACCCGAGACCACAGAGACAUCUCAUGAGGCUUUGGCUGGCCGCGCCUGAAAGUGAAGGUGGCUGGAAGAUACCAUUUCCCGACUCAGAUCACAAAAAGAGAGGCGGUGUCCAGGUUAACGAUCAGCCGCCAAAGUGCCCGUUGGAUGCGGAGUAA